GAAUGGAGCAAGACUGACAAAAAGGGAGGGGGGAGGAAGGAGGUAAGAGAGAGUGAGAGAGAGAGAGAGAGAUGUGAACGGCUGGCCUCCACUCGCCUCGCUUCACACAGCCUCACCAAGCCCUGAGGUGUGGAGGUCUGGAUGGGAAAUAAAAAGUGUUUUGUGGUCACGAAACGUGGUCAGGACUUCGCCUUUAGACGCCGAGGAUCCCUGAGGAAGAGGAGAGAGGAAGCAGGGGAAGCAGGAGGAGCAGCACCGGGGUUACACUUUGUGAUCAACUGAUGGGAGUGGAUGAAACUUUGGGGAGAUGGAGAAAGCCAGAAGUUCAGCUGUGGUGUUCACCGUGGCCACCUGCGGAUGGAGAGCCCUGCUCCUGCCGCAGAUAAACAGACAGUCGCUGUACAUUUACGGCAGCGAGGUGGCCGUGGAGAAGGAGUGCAUCCGGCAGCUGAAGAGCAGGAUCUUUGUCAUCCACCCGUUCAGCGUCAUGAGGAGCUACUACAUCAUGUGCAUGGUGGCCAUCACAUUCCUCAACCUGAUCGGCCUUCCCAUGGAGAUUGCCUUCCUGGACGCAACCAGUGGCCUGGCGUGGGAAGGGUUUAACGUGUUUUCAGACACAUUGUUCCUGAUAGAUGUGGGCCUGAAUUUCCGUAUGGGCAUCAUAGCAGAGGACAUGGAGGAAGCCAUCCUGGAUCUCAAGAGGAUCAGGCUCAAUUACCUGCGGACCUGGUUCGUACCAGAUGUCAUCGCGGCUUUUCCCAUUGGCUACAUCCUGCUGUUUGCGGACCUGCAGUACCACAGUGAGGACAACCCCACCAAGACCAACAAGGUGAUGAGGAUUCUGAUGUUUGUUCGCAUCAUCAGUCUGAUCCGACUGGCCCGAGUCUCCAGACUGGUCAGGUUCUUCAACGAGGUGGAGAAAGUGUCAAACGCAAACCUGGAAGUCGUCCGCCUGGCCUUCCGCGUUCUUUCUUUGUUCAUGAUGAUUUUCCUGCUGUGUCACUGGAAUGGCUGCAUCCAGUACUUCGUCCCGAUGCUGGAGGAGUUUCCUGAGGACUGCUGGGUCCGCAAGGAGAACCUGAUGAACGCCACAGUAAUCGAGAAGUACUCUUGGGGAGUUUUCCGGGCUCUUUCUCAGAUGAUCGCUCUCUCCUACGGCUCCAUGGACGCCCCAACAAAUUACGUGGAAAUGUGGAUUGUCAUGGUCAGCAUGAUUUCCGGUUGUCUAAUGUACACCGUCCUGGUGGCUAACGCUACAGCCAUGAUUGCCAAUGUCGACCCAGCGUCGAAAGAGUACAAGAGCAAGAUGAGCCGUUUGGAGCACUACAUGACCUUCAUGAAGCUCCCGCCUGAGCUGCAGCUACGCAUCACCAACUACUACCAGGCUCGCUACGGAGGGAAGUGGUUCGAUGACAGGGACAUUUUAGAUACAGUGUCGUCUGCACUUAAAGAGCAAAUCAUGUUGGUGAUGUGCAGCCACCUGCUCAGAAAAGCACCAAUGUUUCAGGGUUACGACGAUAGCUUCAUCAGGGCCGUCCUCUCACAGCUGGACUACAAGCAUUUCCAGGAAGGAGACGUGAUCGCCCACCAGUACGUCCCAGGAGAUCGAAUGUUCUUCAUUGAGCAUGGCCAGGUUCUCAUGGAGUCGGACUCGGAAGAGAAGGAGCUGUGCGACGGAGACUUUUUUGGAGAGACCUGCAUGUUGACCAAAGGCAAACACCCAGCAACGGUGACGGCUCUGACCGAGUGCCAGUGCUUCACCCUGGCCUAUCGAGACUUUUGGAGAGGACUCGACGGUUUCCCAGUCAUCAGGAAAGACUUUGAACGGCUGGCUCAGCAGAUCAAAGCCGAGAGCGGGGAUGAAGAAGACGAACUUCAUGGCUUUUUCCAAGGACAUUUCAUGUUCUGAUGGACGGUCGGAGGAGAACGCGGACAGGCUUGGACCCUUUACUCACUUUGCUUACUGAGAUGGACAGUUGUGACUCUCGCCGGGGAAUUUUUAUGGCGUCUGACUCGUCACUUUUUAGCAAUAAACACAAGACCUCUGCGGGAAAGAUGGGAUCUUCGCUGCAUUGUUGAUGUUGCAUUUUAGAAACAGGGCAUACAUAUAAUAAAAGCAAAACAGGUGAAAUACUGCAGGUUUGGUUUGGGUUUUAUUGUUUUGAGUUUUUUUCCAUUAAAAAAACCGGAAUACUUGGAGAUAGAUACAUACCCCCAUUCCAGAAUAAAACUUGGGUAAAUAUAUACAACACUGACACCAAACCCGUAUGCUUUGAGUGCUAACUAGGGAUGUCCGAUAAUAUUGUCCGUCCAAUAUUAACGUCCCGAUAUUUGCAUAAUUAUGUCUGUAAGAAUCUGUAAGAUCCGUUAUCGGCUUUUCCUCCGAUAAUGAAACCUGAUAAUGCAAUGCCUGGGUUUGGCCAAAUGAUGUGUGCCCUAAAAAUAGUUUGUCACUAGAUGGCAGCAUUGCAGCUCAUUUUAUUAAUCUAUUUUGAUAACCAGGGGCAGAAUGAUGGUUCCAGCAACUCAAUACAGUGGUUUGUACAGAUAAACAAAGAUUUAUUUUUGGGAGGGCAGAGGGUGAAAACAAUUCUAUCCCCCAGGGGGGGUAUGGCAGAAAAUAAUUGAGAAACACUGCGUUAACCCAUCACCUUA